GCCACGACGGGAACUCCAAUAAUAGAUAUUUGAAGACUGAUCACUGACUGAAAUAUUUGACCCUCACCAGAAAAUAGCAUUUUCCUAAACUGGCACUUAGAAUCCAGUCUCUGGGGUCCAGGAGUUAAUGUCCUACAAAUCCAUAUUGCCACACAAAAAUUGAAGGCAGACCUGCAGGAGUCAUGCUGUGCAGUUGAGUUUUGGUUUUCUAGCAGAUGAGUAAAAAACAACACAGAAAGGACCCUAAUUACAGCCUCACAAAAUUCCAGAAAGGUAAUAGUGACUUGUCCCAUUGAGCAUCAUCUAUAAAAUAGCCAAGGAGUUCCUAAGAGGAUAACAGCUUUCAGCAAGUAAAAGUGCACAGUAUACCAUAAAGUGCUUUCCCAACCCAGGGCAGUUCCCCUGCCAGUGUUUGACAGGGUCCUUGACACUUUGCUGCUGUCACUUGCCAUCCUUUCUUCUAUCAACGUUUCAGAAGCACUGGGCUGAGUCCUGGGGGAAGUGGUAAAUGAGAUGGAUCUAGUCCUUAUUCACCAGGAACUUAGGGACAAGGAUUAUGGUUCAGAUAUCCAGGGUGGUUUAAGUCAGGAAGCAGGUCAGGUGUAAGGAGAAGGGAGCCACUGAGGCUUGCUCCUUGAAGCUGUCAGGUGUGGGGGCAAUGAAUCUUUAUAUCUUCAGUAAAUAUCACCCAUAUCCAAUACCCAAGCUAUUUUAGGUGGAUGGUUAUCUUGUGAAUAUUUUGAAGGUGGCAACGUUUACUCAGGAACCUGCUCUAAAGAGCCUAAUGAAAAUGAGCUGCUGAAUUAGAUGUCUGAACUUUGAUGUGGUUCAGCAUAUGGCCAGUAGGUGGCAGCAUAAGCUUGCUGUUUCAAUGAUGGCUUCCUGUGACGUCUGUCCUUUGCAGUUCUGCGUACUUUACUCUUGGAGGUUUCCUUGGGCCCAAGGUUGCUCGGCUCCAGCAGUUUCUCAGAAUUACAGAAGAAAGAUUUUCAAAGUUGUAUUGCCAGCCAAGAAGAUUUCUUUGGACCCACAUACUCAGAUAGUGUAUCCCAUGGGCAACGGCACGAGCAGGCUAUAUAGUGCGCUCGCCAAGACGCUCAACAGCAGCGCUGCUGCCCAGCACCCAGAGUACUUGGUGACACCCGACACAGAACAUCUGGAGCCCAUCGACCCUAAAGAGCUCCUUGAGGAAUGCAGGGCUGUCCUGCACACUCGGCCUCCCCGCUUCCAGAGGGAUUUUGUGGAUCUGAGGGCAGAUGGCCCCAGCAGCCACCCACCUAUUAGGGUCAUGCAGUGGAACAUCCUUGCCCAAGCGCUUGGGGAAGGCAAAGACAACUUCGUACAGUGCCCUAUCGAAGCACUCAAGUGGGAAGAAAGGAAAUGUCUCAUCCUGGAAGAGAUCCUAGCCUACCAGCCCGAUAUACUGUGCCUCCAAGAGGUGGACCACUACUUCGACACCUUCCACCCCCUCCUCAGUAGACUGGGCUAUCAAGGCACCUUUUUCCCCAAGCCCUGGUCACCUUGUCUAGACGUCGAACAUAACAAUGGACCCGAUGGCUGUGCCUUGUUUUUCCUCCAGAACCGAUUCAAGCUAGUCAACAGUGCCAACAUCAGGCUGACGGCCAUGACGCUGAAAACCAAUCAGGUGGCCAUCGCCCAGACCCUGGAGUGCAGGGCAUCCCGCCGGCAGUUCUGCAUCGCGGUCACCCACCUGAAGGCACGCACUGGCUGGGAGCGAUUCCGAUCGGCUCAAGGCUGUGACCUUCUCCAGAACCUGCAGAACAUCACCCAGGGAGCCAAGAUCCCCCUCAUUAUCUGUGGGGACUUCAACGCAGAGCCAACAGAGGAGGUCUACAAACACUUUGCUUCCUCCAGCCUCAACCUGAGCAGCGCCUACAAGCUGCUGAGUGCCGACGGGCAGUCAGAGCCCCCAUACACGACCUGGAAGAUCCGGACCUCAGGCGAGUGCCGCCACACCCUGGAUUACAUCUGGUACUCCCGGCAGGCACUCAGCGUGCGCUCGGCCCUGGAUCUGCUCACGGAGGAGCAGAUCGGACCCAACCGGCUGCCGUCCUUCAACUACCCUUCAGACCACCUGUCUCUAGUGUGUGACUUCAGCUUUAAUGAGGAAUCUUGAGGGACUGUUAGAAAUGCUUGUCUGUGUUUUGCUAAGAGUCUUAUUAACCAGGGAUGUUUCAGGAGACUGAAAUGGAAUAAGAAGUCGACUGAGGCAGGGCUCCCAGCUUCUCUGACUUCACUUUCCAUGUUUGCAACACAUCUGUGGGAAGGAACCCGAUUAGCUCACAAACCUUUUCCAUUAAAACCUACAGCAGCAAAGGUGUUUGCACUCCA